AUGUCUUCUUCGAGAAGAAAAUCAGAAAUAGUCACCUUACAGUUUGGCGAAUACGCCAAUCACGUCGGCGCGCACUUUUGGAACUUCCAAGACGAGCUGAUUGGAUUAGCGUCGUCCAUUUCCGAACGAGACGAAGACGAUUCAGACGACGAUUCAGACGACGAGGAGAAAAAGUUAGUGAACCAAAACCGGUUCAACGCGAUCGACCACGAGUGCUUAUACCGCCAAGGGGAGACGAGACGAGGGGAAAGAAUACAAACGCCGAGAGUCGUCGCGUACGACUUGAGGUCGAGUUUAGGCGGCGUCAAGCAGUUGGGGUAUCUCUGCGACGAAGGAGAUGAUUUUUUUUCUUCAACUGUUUCUUCUUUGUCUUCUUCUCAAAUUGCGCUGAAAACGUGGACGGGCGAGAUGCGAGUGCACGAACAACCGCGAGCGAAGAAGUCGGAAUAUCUGAGACGAUUAGAAGAAGAAGAGGAGGAAGAAGAAAAAGAAGUAAGAGGAGAGGAAAGAGAUGCUGAAGAAGAGAAAGAAAUAGAAGAGGAUGAUGAUCGAGAAAAGAGGAAGGAGAAGAACGGUCGCGUGGCUGUAGUCGCGGCGGAUGACGUUGAAAACGACGGGUCAGAUAUCGACCGGCUCGUUGAAGCGGCGAAGAAGCUCAAACACGACGCAAUGCACUGGACGGAUUUUUCGAAAGCGUUCUUUCAUCCGAGGACGGUACAAGUUUUGGAUGGAAUCUUUGAAACGUCGUCGGAGGGAGUGAAAAGCUUCGCUGGAUUUGGCGAAGGCGCCAGUUGGGCGAUGGAACUCGAUCGAAGAGAAAAUCUCAGAGAAGACAUCAGAAAGUGGGUCGAAGAGUGCGAUUAUUUGCGCGGGUUUCAUGUUUUUGUGGACGAUCAUUCAGGAUUCGGAGGUUUAUGCGAAAAAGUGCUCGAAGAGGUGAGAGAUGCGCACGGUCAAGGCGUUUCCAUUCUCACGUUUUGUUGCCGCAGACCGCGCAACGAUGAAGGAAGGAGAAACCAUGAAGAAAUCAAAAUAAACAACGACGGGGACGACGACAAUAACGAAUUUUUAGAAAUCACGCAGAAACGAAACGAUGAGCGACGCCUCAUGUUAAACGACGGAUUAUCGCUCGCGCGAAUCUCGCCUCUCACGGACGCGUACAUUCCUCUGUACGGUUCGCAACCGAACGGGCAACGGCACAGCGCGUAUCAAACGUCUGCGAGAAUUGCAACUGCUCUCGAUACUAUCACGACGCCGUGGCGACUUAAAUCCACGGAUGGAUUUGAAUCUUUCGUCGGAGCAGAAACUGUGGCAACGUUUAUCGGCCGCAUGCAAUCGCAAGCCAACGCACCCUUCCUCCAGACGUCCAUGUUUACGCGAAGAGGCGACUUUGCGUUUGAAGAAGACAAAAUAUCAUUAAUGGAGCCGCUUUUUACUUCUUCUUCUUCUUCUUCUUCUUCUUCACAACGAAGAAGAAAAGCUUCAAACGAAAGCGAUGGAGAAGAUGAAGACGCAGAAGAAGCUUUGGCAGAAUCGCACGUCAUUCGUGGAGCUCCGUUUGGCCAGUCUCGCCGCGUGUGCGAACAACUCGAGGAACGCCUGCGUUCCGGCCAACGCGUGGCCGGAAUACCAAUCGGGAGAUGUGUUGCUGGUGCGUCUUUACCACUUCCAAUGACGUAUCCUACUGACGAUAACGUCACGAGUAAAUCUCCUCUACUCAGCGUUCACGCGAUGACGAGACAAACGAGAACCCAGGAGAAGAUGCUUUCGGAAAAAGCAAACAACUUUGAGCGAGCGUCUCGCAACUCUGGCGGGAAAGCUAUGCUUUCGUCGUGGGGAUACGACUUUGACGAAACGUGCGAGGUUGUCGAGCGCAUCAGAACAGAUGCAAAGCGGUACGUGGACGACGACUUAUAG